GCCGUUUGAACUGAAUUCACCCUGUCAAUAUAUAUGCAAUAUUUGAAAAGUGGAAAGCCUAUAAAAACAUAUUUAAUAGCUCUAACGGCUCUGAUUCAAACACAGCAGACUGUGAUGGCCGCAGUGGGAGAGCAGGCCUGCUUAAAGUGUCAGCUUGUGAAAUAUAAGGAUGUCCUUCAAGUCACCUGGCAAAAGGUUUUACCAGAUGGAGAGAGGAAUGUCGCGACCUACAACCGAUACGGUGAAAGAGUGAACCCUGGUUUUCAGGGUAAAGUGGAGUUUAAAGAUGCUGGACUUCAGGACAGCUCCAUAGUGAUCAAAGAGGUGACGGAGCAGGACGAAGGCUGCUAUCGCUGCUUGUUUAACACCUACCCUGAUGGUGCUCUGAUAUGUUCAACCUGCAUCAAACUCUAUGAGCUGCAUGGACCCUUUCUACAUGUCAAAGAGUCUAACUCCUCUGAUGAAGUCAUCGUGUCCUGCUCGGCUACAGCUCGACCUGCUCCCACUGUGACAUUAAAUGUCCAUAAUCACAACUCCUCUACCCACAGUGACCACAACACAAAUGGCACGGUCACUGUCACCACUACAGCUGUGCUGCAGCGUUACUAUGACAACAGCACACAAGUUGAAUGUGCAGUUCAAGUGCCCUCAGUUCCUCCAAAACUGGUGUUUGGGACGAUUUUUGAGGCCAAACAGCCGUCUACUGAUGGUUUUAGGGCAGAAUCUGAGUCUGAUAGCAUGGUUUACAUGCGGAUAGUUGUGGCUUCAAUCAUUGUAGGAGUUGUCUGUGUGGCCCUUGUUUCUCUCUGGUGGCGUGUGCAUAAAUGGAGCAGAUAUUGUUGUGUUUCUAUACUUAAGCUCAAAUCAGAGCAACCUCACGUGGACCCUGAGGAGAUCAAAACACCACUGAAGUCUCAAGACUAUCACAGCACCACAACACCUUUAUUCCAACAACAGAACAAGCAGACGGGCACAAGGCAGCACAUGUCUACUGUGAAAAAGGAAAAAUAUGACUCUCCAAAGGCAUCGUCUCCCAAAGAUGGAUGGCUCAUUCAUGAUGAAGCACACCCAGUUUUCUUCUGGCACAAAUCCUGUUUAAUUUUUUUGGGGUGUUUUUGCUUUUAUUGAUGGAGGAAGACAGUGGACAGAAUACGAGGCAUUAAUUUAAAACUGUUGCUCUUUUAUACUUGUUCAGUGUUUGUGUUUUAAUGUUAUUUGUAGCACAAUAUUCAAUGCACUUUCACUAAU